UUUUCCCUCGCGCGGACGUUAAAAAAAUACAUCGCCUUCGCAAUGAACACCCUACUCAUAAUCAGUUUCCUCUGCUUUGCUUUUUGCAAACAAUCACUUGCUUUCAUCAAUGGUUUCCCCAAAGAACAAUGCGAUGAAAUGGAUCCGACAAAAGUCAAACUAGAAGGGGCAAAAGGGGCACCCGACGCUGAAUUUAAUGAAACUGAAAGUAACCCAGAAGAUGCGCCCCCCACAUCUAUUCGAUUGUCAGAUUCCCUUAAUUUAUACAGAAUCGUUACGUCUUCUCCAAUGUACAGACGAGGACGGACAUUAGACAUUACUAUCCGCGGUCCAGAUUUCAACGCUUUCAUGCUUCAAGUUCGGAAAUUUGGAACAGAUGAACGACGUGGAUUCGAUCAGGCUGUUCGAGUGGGUGAGUUCGUCGAAUGGCCUAACAGUGUGAAACCGGUAAUGUGCGACAAGAAUGAGAAAAAUGCCCUCACGAAUAAAAAUUACGCAUCUAAAUCGGGCUUAACUUUCAAAUGGAAGGCGCCUAAUGAGGAUGUGGGGGAUAUUCAAAUUGUUGCGAGAUUCAUUUCCGGAGACGAAUAUUGGCAGAUAACAGAAAGCAGAGAAAUUCCUAUGAAUGAAUUCCCUGUAAACCUCAAAAACUGUGGGAAAGCAAAAUCUUGCAUUUUGUAUUCAGAAAACAAGGCGUCUUGCCACCAGGAUGACUGCGAUUACAUUCUCACCUACAGUGUAGUGAAUAACACCAACGUUGAGUUCGUUCUUGGAGGCUCAGCGAAAGCAGAACAAAACUAUCUAGCAGUUGGCUUUUCUACGACACCAGAGGCUGAAACCCUGAAAAUGAUUGCCUGCAUGAAAGCAAAGACAGUUGCUGAAAUUAAGUACUUUACUUUAAAUUCAAUGGAUGAAGGGCUCAUGGAAUACCCUAUGAGAUUAGAGAACAAAAAGAUGGAUUUAGAUGGUGACAGAAUGUGGUGCAGCUUUGUUGCUCCCAUGGUGACUCAAGGAGAGGAGGGCAAUGGAUUAGAUCUAAGCGUUCCACUGUUUCAAAUCUAUUUGAGAGGGCAGACUAACUACACAAGAGGCUCAAACUUCCCAAUUUUGCCUGCGAAAUACCUGACGUCUAAGAAGGAAGUUUCGGUCGACAAAAUUAAACUGCAGUACCACACUAUGGAGAAACCAAAACAACAAUCCAGCGCUGAAGCUCUGAACUAUCCAUUCUAUGUCCUGAUAUCUGCCGUUGUAACCAUCACUUUGUGGGAAAAUGUUAGAAGGAGUCUCUAAGAUACGAACCUUAAAGAACUUAUUUACUUGUUCCAUGAACACUACAGCACCACCGCAUAGAUUUAAGAUAUUGUCUGGUUUUUUAAGUUAUUAAUGUCCGACAUUUUGUCUCGAAUAUGUUUCUGUUGCCGAUAAGAGCACAUAUUAAACUAGUCUAUCACGUACUUAGUUUUUAUAACACUUAAAAUUGCUUACGAACUUUACACAUAGAGGAGGGAGAUAUUAAAAAUUAAUUGUAUGCUUUUCAGAUUAGCUUGCAAAUUGUAAUUGAAUUAAUAUGAAAACGCACAUUAGAGAGGUGUUACCAAUAAAAUAUUUUAAGCAGAGCAAGUUACAUAAGCCAAAAUGCUUAGCAGAAAAAAAUUGCGAAAGUCGAUACUUCUCUUUUUCGGGUGUUAUUAAUCUAUGUUAUUUCGGAUUAAUGUCUAAUGAAAUUAAAAAUAAAACAUAAAAUAAUUCAACGCAUUUAAUCAAUUUUACUGUGCGUUAUGUAAGAAUUAUAAGAAAAUGUAUUCUAAAAAUAUUGUAUAUCUUCGCGUAUUUUCUAAAUUUCAAUCUAAAAAUAUCUUUUCAUUUGUAAACAAUAAAAAUGUUUCCAUUUGCGAAAUUUGUACUUUCUCUCUGAAAUUGGAUUUCAAAUAAUCUUGC